AUGAAAGCUGCUACUGCGCUUUCCUGCCUCGCUGGCGGCAGUCUUGCUGCUGCGGGCACAAUUAACCCGGCAAACAAGAUCCAAAAGAGGGCUCUUCAGACGUCGGACCCCCACUACCCGUCCCCAUGGAUGAACCCGGACGCCGAUGGAUGGGCGGAAGCCUAUGCCCAGGCUAGGGACUUCGUCUCGCAGCUGACGCUACCAGAGAAGGUCAACUUGACCACUGGUGUUGGCUGGCAAGGGGAGCAGUGCGUCGGCCAGACGGGUGCCAUCCCUCGCUUCGGCCUCCGGAGCUUGUGCAUGCACGAUGCCCCUCUCGGGAUCCGUGGGUCAGACUACAACUCGGCCUUCCCCUCCGGCCAGACUGCCGCUGCCACGUGGGACAGAGGCCUGAUGUACCGCCGUGGCUAUGCCAUGGGCAAAGAAGCCAAGGGCAAGGGCAUCAACGUCCUGCUCGGGCCUGUCGCCGGCCCUCUCGGACGUAUGCCCGCUGCCGGCCGGAACUGGGAAGGCUUCGCCCCCGAUCCCGUCCUCACCGGUGUCGGCAUGUCCGAGACCGUCAAGGGCACCCAGGAUGCUGGCGUUGUUGCUUGUGCUAAGCAUUUCAUCGGCAACGAGCAAGAGAACUUCAGACAGGUGGGAGAAGCCCAGGGCUACGGGCACAACAUUAGCGAGACGCUGUCCUCGAACAUCGACGACAAGACCAUGCACGAGCUUUACCUUUGGCCCUUUGCGGAUGCUGUCCGUGCCGGGGUCGGCUCGGUCAUGUGCUCGUACCAGCAGGUUAACAACUCGUACGGUUGCCAAAACUCCAAGCUCCUGAACGACCUGCUCAAGAACGAGCUCGGUUUCCAGGGCUUCGUCAUGAGCGACUGGCAAGCACAGCACACCGGCGCAGCCAGCGCCGUCGCUGGCCUCGACAUGACCAUGCCGGGUGAUACAUCGUUCAACACCGGCCUCAGCUUCUGGGGCACUAACCUGACCCUCGCCGUCCUCAACGGCACUGUCCCUGCCUACCGCGUUGAUGACAUGGCCAUGCGUAUCAUGGCUUCCAUUUUCAAGGUCAGCAAGACCACCGACUUUGACCCCAUCAACUUCUCUUUCUGGACUCUGGACACGUACGGCCCGGUCCACUGGGUUGCCAAGGAGGGUUACCAGGAGAUUAACUCCCACGUCGAUGUCCGCGAAGAUCACGGCAAGCUCAUCCGCGAGAUCGCCGCCAAGGGUACCGUGCUGCUGAAGAAUUCCGGCGCGUUGCCGCUGCAAAAGCCCAAGUUCGUAGCCGUCAUUGGCGAGGAUGCUGGUGGAAACCCCAACGGACCCAACGGCUGCAGCGACCGCGGCUGUGAUGAUGGCACCCUUGCCAUGGGCUGGGGCUCCGGCACGGCCAACUUCCCGUACCUUGUCACCCCCGAUGCCGCGCUUCAGGCCCGGGCUAUUGAGGACGGCUCCCGCUACGAGAGCAUCCUCUCCAACUAUGCGCACGACAAGACGGAUGCCCUCGUCUCCCAGGCCAACGUGACGGCGAUUGUCUUUGUCAACGCCGACUCCGGUGAGGGAUACAUCAACGUGGACGGUAACAUGGGUGACCGCAAGAACUUGACUCUCUGGAAGAACGGCGACGACUUGGUCAAGCGUGUCUCGGGGGCCUGCUCCAACACCAUCGUCGUCAUCCACUCGACCGGCCCCGUUCUUCUGACUGAGUGGUAUGAGAGCCCCAACAUCACCGCCAUCCUCUGGGCCGGUCUCCCCGGCCAGGAGUCGGGCAACUCGAUCGCCGAUGUUCUCUACGGUGACGUAAACCCCGCCGCCCGCUCGCCCUUCACCUGGGGCAAGACCCGCGAGUCCUACGGAGCCGAUGUUCUCUACGAGCCCAACAACGGCAACGGUGCGCCCCAGCAGGACUUCAGCGAGGGUGUCUUCAUCGACUACCGCUACUUUGACAAGCAGAACUCCUCGGUCAUCUACGAGUUCGGCCACGGCCUCAGCUACACAACUUUCGAAUACAGCAACAUCCGCGUCGAGAAGUCCAACGCCGGCGAGUACAAGCCCACGACCGGCAGUACUGCCGCCGCCCCCACCUUUGGCAACUUCUCCACCGACCUCAAGGACUACCUCUUCCCCAAGGAGGACUUCUCCUACAUCUACCAGUACAUCUACCCCUACGUCAACACCACCGACGCCAAGAAGGCCUCCGCGGACCCGCACUACGGCCAGACCGCGGAAGAAUUCCUCCCGCCGCACGUCUUGGACGCCGACGCGCAACCCCUGCUCCGGUCGUCGGGCGGCAACUCGCCCGGCGGCAACCGCCAGCUGUACGACAUCAUGUACACCAUCACGGCCGACAUCACCAACACGGGCGCCAUCGUCGGCGAGGAGGUGCCCCAGCUGUACGUCUCGCUCGGCGGGCCCGAGGACCCCAAGGUCCAGCUGCGCGACUUUGACCGCAUGCGCAUCGACCCCGGCGAGACCAAGCAGUUCACGGGCCGGCUGACUAGGAGGGAUCUGAGCAACUGGGAUAUUGAGGUGCAGGACUGGGUGGUCAGUGAGCAUAAAAAGACGGCGUUUGUGGGCAAGAGCAGCCGGAAGUUGGAUCUCAAGAUUGAGCUGCCUUGA